AUGCUCCAUUGCUACUUUCUGACUCCGCAGUGGACCCGAUCCAAUCGGACCGUGGAGGCCGGGCCGGUCAUUCGCACGUGUAGGCUUUUCAGGGGAGCACCUUGCUCAGGCCUCGGCUCAGAGGCCCGGGGGGUCGGUGACCUGUUCAGGCGUGCGGCCACGCCCGAUUGGAUCGGCUGUGAUCAGGCCGCGGCAGGUAAUUGCCCAAUCGGUGCUUCCGUGCGGUCGGGCAUCGGAAGCGUCCGCAGAACAGGCGCGAUUGACAACGUUGAGAUUUACAGCACUCAGGGAUCCCCACCACCGGGGAGACAUUCAGGGCCGGAUUUAGGGCAGGGCAACCUGGACCUCAACAAAAGAGGGACCCCCACAAUAGAGACUAAUAAUAUUUCGGUC